AUGGCAAGACUACGGAGAAAGGCUUGCGUUGCUCUGUUUCUUUUUACACUGUUCAUUUUCGGCACUUUAAUGGGAUUGAGGACGCUGAAGCCCACCGACGGAUUUUCGGAUCUGGCUCCAGGCUUAGAAUUCUUUCCAAUGUUAGGAGCGAAACUGGACCGGCGGUCUGUGUCCCGUGAGUCGACCGCGUCCCCGGAUCAAGCCCACCCGCCUGGCAGCAACACCAAAGCAGUUUUGUUCAAUUCCGGCCCCGAGGGAACUAUUUUUUAUGACCUUCAUAUUUUUUACUACAGUUGGUACGGCAGCCCAUAUAUGGAUGGAAAAUACAUUCAUUGGGAUCACAUCCUGGUUCCUCACUGGGACCCAAAGAUCGCAUCCAGCUAUCCGAGAGGAAGACACAUGCCGCCAGAGGACAUCGGCUCCAGUUUCUAUCCCGAACUGAAUCCGUACAGCUCUCGGGAUCCAGACGUCUUGGAGUCUCACAUGGAGCAAAUUGGAGCAUCCGCAGCAGGGGUUCUGAUCUUGUCCUGGUAUCCCCCCGGCUUGGCUGACGAUAAUGGGGAACCUGCUGAGGAUAUGGUACCAGCUGUACUGGAUGCUGCAUACAGACACAACCUCAAGGUUACUUUUCACAUCCAACCAUACAGAGGAAGAAAUGACCAAACUGUGCAUGACAACAUCAAGUACAUCAUUGACAGGUAUGGAGAUCAUGGGGCUUUCUACAGGUUUACCACCAGUACAGGAAAAAGUCUUCCUCUGUUUUACAUCUACGACUCCUAUCUGACUCCACCAGAGUCCUGGUCUGAAUUUUUGACUCCCACCGGCUCCCACAGUGUACGUGACUCUGCUUAUGACUCCAUCUUUAUUGCUCUGAUUGUGGAAGAGCGUCACAAGCACGACAUCCUGGCAGGUGGCUUUGAUGGCAUGUAUACUUACUUUGCCUCCAACGGCUUCUCUUUCGGCUCUUCUCACCAGAACUGGAAGGCUAUCAAGGCUUUUUGUGAUGGGAAUAACCUCCUUUUCAUUCCCAGUGUUGGACCUGGUUAUAUUGACACCAGCAUUCGACCGUGGAACAAUCACAACACUCGAAACAGAGUGAACGGCCGUUACUAUGAGACGGCCCUGCAGGCAGCUCUCAAUGUGCGGCCUGAGGUUCUCACCAUAACAUCUUUUAAUGAAUGGCACGAAGGGACACAGAUAGAGAGAGCGGUGCCUAAAAAGACAGUGACCCGUGUGUAUUUGGACUAUCAGCCACAUGGACCCGAUCACUACUUAGAACUGACGCGCCGCUGGGCCGAGCAAUUCCAUAAAGAGAAGGAGCAGUGGCUCAUGUGAGCUUUCAUCACAAUGACUUGAAAGAGAUUGCUCUAUUAAAAUGUAUGUACACAUGAAAUGUGGAAAUUGAUGUAUGCGACUGCACAAGGACAUGGCGUGGUGUACUUAGAAGUGCACACAUGCUCAUCUGGAGGAACAGAACACCAUGUUGAUGGGGAUUUUUAGCGUAAAGCAGUUUAAUGAACAAUCUCUGAAAUUCCCUUUGAACUUUGACAAACCAGAACUCUGUAGAUCUGUCUGAUCUGUUGUCCUGCCUGACAUU